AUGGAAACAUUAGCUGGAGUGUUAAAUGCUCUCAUAAAUACUACAAUAAACAAGGAUAACGAAGAAAACUUAAUGAAUGUUAAACUUAUUGCAGGAGUUUUGAAGUUCAGUUAUGCGAAGGAGUUUAAGAUAACACGAAUGAGUCAUAGAGUUCAAUUGCUUCUGGGUGCAUACCAUAUGACAUUUCCUUUGAAAAGUGUUGACAAAACGAUUGAGAUGAAAUCUGUUCCAUACGUAUGUUAUGGCAACUGUUUGUACAUUGAGUCUAAAAUAGCUAAUGUCACAGGCAUUUCAGGAGUUAAUAGUAAAGGUUCAGUAGAAUAUAAGUCUUUCUGUUAUGAAGUAAAUUCAAUGUUCAUUCCAAACGUUCCUGUCAUAGCAACUCAUUUAGGUAAAUGGGUUCGCAUUAGUCCUCAUAAUUUGAAAGACAUGCAAUUCAGACUUGUUGACUUUCAAGGAGAGCCUGUAGAACUGAAGGCACCAGUGCGAAUGACUGUUGAAGUUGACUUUUUAGAAAAUAUUAAAUGCAACAGCUUACAAGAGAACUCAGAGCUAAAAAUAUAA